GUGUGAAGGCUAUGACAGUGUUGGUGGAGGAGGAAUUAGGGUGAGGUAGAGGGAGGUGCGCGCGCAAGUUCCCCGCGGCAGCAGCAGCAGCAGCGCGGUUCCCCCACAUGCCAGCCCAGAAGAGAGGAUUAGUGUCGCCUUGACUGGUGCUGUGUGGGGGUGUGUUGUGUGUGUGUUUGAUGUCGCCAAGUGUGUUCUUAGUGUUUAGUGUGUAACAGCAGCGGGUGGUGGUCACCUCUGUGCUGGCCACACAAGUAUACAUUCCUGGAGCUCUUACGUUGACCCCACUACCGCACCAGACACUCCUGACUCCACAACCCUUGCCUGUCACUCCUCUACUCGUGUGUAACCACAGCCACCCCUCCCUCACACACACACAGGAGCUAAGACUCGACCCCUGCAACCACAAAUAGGUGAGUACACUGCUAGUAUCUCACCAGCAGGGACUGGUAGCAGUCUGGCAGUGACACAACCCCCGUGGACACCCUGCCAGGGGUUCCUGGUGGUGGAGACAAGUACCCUAGGGAGGAGUGAGGUAUUCUGGGGUAGUGGGUGUGGUGUGUGCCGGGGCUGUCUGGUAGCGGCAGCUGCAGUAACUCCUCAGUGUGGUCACCUGCUACCCAAUACUCUCCCUUCCUGGCGCGCGCGCGCGCACGCACGCGCGUUCAUACCUUCCUAGUCUUGCAUAUUGCACCUUCCUCACACUCCUCCCCCACAAGCUGCAGUAUUUGUCCUACCCAACUCUUUCCGUCAUGGAUAUUUGCUCAUCCGUAUCAGCACUCGUCAAAAUAACAGUGUAUGUAAUGGUACGUGAUGGUGGGCACAGAGCCUAUUAGCCAUUGGUGUGGCGGGCGGGGUGCUGGAGACUGGGAGGAGGCCAACCAUCACCAUGGAGGCCCUCACCACCACCACCAGCCCCACUGCAACCCUUGCCACCUCAGGCAGGAGAACCUCUUCCCUGAUGUCUACUUCACUACUGCCUUCAGCCUACCCACUUCCUCCACCUGAAGAGUUUGCCACAGUCCAUGGAGGCUCGACCAGUGCCAGAAGGCCAUUGCCUCCCCAUGCUCAGUCUGCCAGGAAACACCGGCCCAAUCACCAGCGUAACCUCUCCCUGGACUUCAGGUACGAGUAUGGUACUCUAAUAUUAACCCCAUGACUGUUGCAACCCAAAUCCUGAGGUGUCUCCUGGUGUCGCAAAAUUUCCGAAAAAAAAAAAAAUUUCUUAUGAAAUGAUAGAGAAUCUUUUUCCGAUUGUAAUGACACCAAAAGAACGAAAUUUGAUGGAAACUGACGGAAUUACUCUCUCUUGAAGUUAGCAACCUCGUCGAUAUUUACGAAUUGGCGAUUUCGCCCACUUUGAGCCCUGUUUUCAGCUAAUUCCAUUGUUCCAGUCGACCAAACUCAUAACUAUUUCUUUAGAACUCCAUUUUUUCUAUCGAUUGAUUACAAGAAACUGCCCAUUUACCAAUUUCAACUACCCAAUAACAUGGUCAGAAAUUUGCAAUUUGGCCAAUUUCACAAAAAUUAAAAAGUAUGACAGUUUCAAAAUAGGGUCCAGAAUGAACAAUGCAGACAUUCCUGGCUCUAAAAUAAUAUUUUCUUUGUUCAUCAGUCACAUCUCCAGGCCCUUCUGAUAUUACUCUUGCUUUCUAUUUUGAAUUUUUAUUCAAACAAUAUAGAAGAUUUACUUUUAUGCAGACUACUGCAAUAUUGUAAUAAUUGUAUAAAUAAUGUCAACCCAUUCAUGACUGCAUAUUAGAAUGGCUUCUUGGACAUUUAUUGGAAAAUGACAUCAUUUGUUUACUUUUGAACAUAGGCAAAAAUCAAGCAUUUACUCUACUUUGAGCUCCAUUCCAAGGUUCUUUUCAUAGUAAAACCAAUCAAAAUCACCUCUAUUUCUAUAAUAUGUUUACCAUUCUAUCAGAUGAGACCAAGAAAGCGAGAAUACAAUCAUAAAUAACAUACAAAAAUAGACCACAAAGUCGGCAUUUUAAUUAGAAAAAAAACAGUCAGAGUUUUUUUUCUCACUAUGCACUGCAUGCUGCAAGAUUUUUUUUAUAUGGUGCAUACUGACCACACAGACCCAUUCUCUCACAUGUGGGCCUACCAGCUUUCUCCUGCUUGAUUUGAAGCCGCUAGAAUUUAUGAGUUUGUAUACGUCAAAAACGGUGUCUCGUAUGACGUAUAUAUAUGACCGAAACAGUCAAGGGGUUAAACAGGUAUUUAUUGUAAAACAGAUACCCAUUAAGUGUUUUACUCUCUGGCAGAAUUGCUGGUCUUUUUGUUUUGUCUCAGUCAUGUUAUGAGAUAGAUAAAUCUUAGAAACUUCUAUUAACAUUCAGAAUAAACACUUUUUUUUUUUUGUUUUGUUUCUUAAUUGCUCAUUAUUCUGUAAUAUUUCUUCCCAGAUAUAGGAGACCUGUUCUUAAAAUGAGCCACUUGGCUGAUGCUUCCCAAACUAUAAACAACUAUUAAGAGAUGUACUGUGGAUGUUGAUUGAUUUGCUAGUGUUAAACUGUAGCUGGACAGGUGGAGCAAGACUAGUUCUACUGUACACAUUUUUUUAAAUAACCUCACUUCUGUUGCUCCUGCUAGCUACUGUGACACCUUAAGACUAUAAUACCAUUUCAUUAUUAAUACAAAUUAAUACUGAAGGAGUUUUCUUAUAUCAGUAUAGAUGUCUAGUUUGAUACUGACAUCUGCUGCAUUUGCACCUACUCCAUUUUCCUGAGUUCCACAUAGUUAAUAUUGUCACUAUAUAUGACAGAUGGGGAGUCUGCUCUAAAUAAAUGACUUGUAUACAGCCUCUCCUCACUUAAUGAUGGAGUUCCAUUCCUGAGACCACGUCAUUAAACGAAUUCAUUGCUAAGUGAGGAGCAUACUAUAAUGGUAGUGAGUUUAUGUCAGCCAUCUUUAAUAUUGCUUUAAUGUAACCUUUGCACCAUGUAUAACAUUUCUGGUAUACUAUUUUUAAAUGUUCAUACAGUAGUGUACUGUAUUUAGUAAUAAAGAUAAUAGAGGAACUCAGCUCUAAUAUAUAUUAUUUAGGUAUGAAUACUGGUCAAAGAGCCCAUCGUAAGUCCGAGGCGUUGGUAAAUGAGUAAGUCGCAAAGUGAGGAGAGGCUGUAUUACAUGACUUUUUGGCCCAUUCUGGCCAUUUCAAAUAUGUGCAUAGAUAAGUAGUAAAGAAUUUUUACAGCACCCUCAUAUAUUAUAAACCUAAAUUAGAACAUGCAUCUGUUAUACAGUGUCCUUAUUUAAAGAAGUGCAGAGAAUAUUUGUAAAUCUUGAAGUACUACUACAAAUGAGUUAGCAGUUUUAAAAAUACUGCUUACCAAGUAAAAUUAAAAUAUUUGUAAAUGCUCUCUUUGGAAGAGAGAAGAGAGAUCAGACAUGAUAAUCAUAUUAAUUUAUGAGAAAUUCUUAAAAACUAAACAAGAAAGAUUUUUGGACCAUCAAUAAGGUAAACAAGCAGCAGUUUCAAACUUGAUAAAUAUAAACAGCAUAUUAUAAAGACAUGCUUGAUAAAGACCAUGUAUACAGAGAUGACAAAGCCUGGUAGUCAACAGAACAAAGUCUUACCUUAGAAAAGUCAAAUGUUGAGUGCCCAAAAGUAUGGCCCUGACAUCAUAACUGUUUCUUAGCCUCAUAAACAAGAGUGCUAAAAACAGCUUUGUAUCAUCUUUAGCAUACAAUACCAAAAUAGAUAUAACAAGUUGCCUCAGUAGAAUACACAGGGGAAAACUACAAACACACAUUAAAAUAGUCCAGUGAAUAAAUGAAAAUCCCAUUAGUGACAAAUUUCAGCUGCAUAGGCAUGAUAAGCUUAUGAAUGCCUCAAAACAACCACAGUAUGUAAAACACAGGCAGACCAUAUCAUAGAAUGUAAGGAACAGGUAAAGAUUUAGGAAUAAGUAUGUCAGAGGAUCUCUCAAGCAGAAAUUGUUGUGCACAUAAUGAGAGCAGUGCCAUGUUAUUAUUAUGGUUAAGUUUAUUAACAAACUGGAAUACUGCUGACCUCUUGUGAGUACAGUGGACCCCUGCCUUUCAGCGACCACGACUUUCGGCAAUUUUUUUCGGCAAAAUAUAGCCUCGUGGUUCAUCUCGUGAUUCAGCGACCAUCUGGUAUGCAUCCAACCGGCAUCCCACCGUCAGUGCACACACAAAGCCAGUCUCCCACACCAUUCACACUCGGUGUGCCAUUGUUUAUCAGCGAGUGACCAUCACCCCACGGGUUCAUACGAUAUGUUUCAUAAUAAUCCAUUGUUUUUUGUGCUUACAACUAGUAAAUAAACCACCAUGGGCUCAAAGAAAGCUCCUAGUGCCAGGCCUUUGGUAAAGAAGGAAAGAAAUACAAUAGAAUUCAAGAAAAACUUGUAGGAAAGUACCAAAGUGGAGGAGGAAGAGAGAGGGGAGAAUGUGCCUUCUUCAGUGAUUCUACGAUAUGUAUGAUACUAAAGCAGCAGGUAUUGAUAAGGGCUAUAGUGCCAGCCAACGAUAAAGUAGCAUUAACAGUCAAGUAAGUUAAGCGAUAGGAAAACGAUACGAAAGUAACUCUCCAGUGUUGUCGGUGUAUAGGGCCGCUGAACAUACGCCACCCUGCUCUCUUCCACCACCCUAAACCUCUGCCAGCAUCUCCUCCAUAAAACUAAUUAAACUAACAUCUCCUCCAAGGUAAGUGUAAAUAUUUCUUAUUUAUAAAUUACAUACAUUGUUUCAAUUUGAAUAGGGUUGGUGGCUUCUGCUGCCGCCUUCACCACCACUAAUAUGUACGGCUUCUCUCAGUGGCCCUUAUAAACCCAACAACACCACCACCAACACUUACUCCUCACAUAUGUUAUGACAUAUUUUCUUCAUUCUAAAGUACAAAUCAUGUUUCUUUGUUAUUAAUAUUGUUUAUUAUGUCAUAUUAGAGGAAUUGUGAUAGAUAAAUAAACCGUAGAGAUGAUAUUAGCAUCAUAUUGAAGGAUAACUUCACCUCCCUCUUGUCUCCCACUCCCCUCCUACUUGUCUGCCAUACACCAACAGGAGUCUUCAGUAAAGGUAAGUGUGAUGUUAAAUGUUUAUUUAUCCAUUUUAUUAGUGCUUUAUAUUCAUUUGUCAUUUUUUCUCUAUGUAAAUCUAUAUUUAAUCUUUAAAAAAAUCUUUUUUCUUAAUACUUUUGGGUGUCUGAAACGGGUUAAUAGGGUUUCCAUUAUUUCUUACGGGGAAAAUGGUUAUGCCAGUCGUGAACUUCACCAUUCAGCAGACUCUCUGGAAUGGAUUAAUCGUGAAAUUCGAGGGUCCACUGUAUAUAUCUAAAACAUCAGGGUGGAUUAUGAGAACUUUGAAAAUAAAAGGAUCAACACCGAUGAUAGUUCUCAAAUCACUUAUGCUUUCAUGACUUUAUUGUUCUUUGCUCACAGCACCUUACAAGGAAGAGAGAGAGACAGUAGAGGUGGCAAAUGUCCAGAGGUUGUAUAUUGCCUGCAUGGAAUAAAUAAAAUAUCUAAACUAUUGAAAGACCUCAAUGCACUUAAAUUGUUUUCUCUUAAGUAGAGAAGAGAGAGAUACCUGAUAAUGUACCGUAGGGCCCCAUUUAUACUGCAGGUUAGGUUCCAGACUACUGCCGCAAAGUGGACAUCGCGGAAAGCAGAACGCCAUUUGUUUCCACUUAUAAAUGUCAGAUAAUAAGUUUACGUUACAUAUUAAGUUAGCAAUAGAACAAGGCAUUAAAAAACAAUAAAUAGUAAACUACACACACAGUAGUGUUUAUUGUGAGAAGUUAGGUGUGGUAGGUAUGCCAGGCACUCCACCCCACCCACAUGUAAUAUACUUAGACAUUUGAAGAGCCCUAGAGCAAUGAGGUAGAUAUUGAAAAUCCAGUGACACUAGGUGACAAGGACAGUAAUAGGUUUAGUGGAAAAACAGAAAUGAGCAGGAAGGUUGAAGAGAAAGGAGGGUCUUUCAAUGUAUAUUAUGCUAAUAGCCGUAGUGCUAGGAAUAAGAUGGACGAGUUGAGAUUAGUUGCUAGUGCUGGUAACAUUGAUAUAUAUUUGCCAUAACUGAGACGUGGUUUAAUCAAAAAAGUCGGAACAUGCCUGCAGAAUGUCACAUUCAGGGUUUUAAAUUGUUCCAAGUAGAUAGAAGUAUCGGGAAGGGGGGUGGGGUGGCAUUGUAUGUCCGAGAUUGCUUGAACUGUUGCAUAAAAAAGGGUAUAAAAUCUGAAAUAACACAUAGGAACUAUUGAAUAGGGAAGAUAGGAGAGGAGUAAAGUCUAACACAGAGAAUGCCCAGUCUACAACAACUGACCCAGAAAUAAGCAGAUACACACUAGAAAAAACACGGUAAACAAAAACAACAGCUAGUUCAGUCCCCAGCCUUAGGGCUGACCCAGUCCCAGCCCCCAGCCAUUGUGAAAAUCCGGAUUCAGUUAAAGACUCCUCCACAGCCACCAACGCCAUAGCCCCUAGUACAGAUGUAGUAGAGGAGCCCUACUCUGGGGUAGACUCUUCUGCAACCAUCACAGUCAUAGCCUCUAGUACAGAUGUAGUCGGGGAAUCCCCUCCCAGGAAAAAUGUUGGUGCUAUGAUAGCAGAUGGUGGUGUCUCUGGAUUGGCUAUGAAGGACUGUAGUUCGGCCCUAGGGCCAGCACAGAUUAAGAAUACAUCCAGCACGAAUUGUACCCAGCCAAAAACAAAAUGGUGCAAAUACUAUAUUUGGGGCAUCUGUAAACACGGAAUAUCAGGGAAAACGAAUGGGGCAUGCAACUUUGAGCAUCCCAAAAAUUGCCGUGACCUCCUGUCUAAGGGAGUGUGUCGUUCUACCUCUUGCAAAUACUUCCACCCGGAGAUGUGUCAGUCUUCAGUCCUUGAAAAACAAUGUUACAAUACCAAUUGCACUGCAUAUCAUCUAAAAGGGACCAGGAGGCACACACCCCAUACAACACAUCAUAUGGUAGCUACGACAACACCCCAAGUGAUUUUUUAGGGGUAGGAAACAAAGAAAGAAAAUGGAAAGAGAUAACCAAAAUAGUCCACCACCUUGGAGCCUUGUUGGACUGGAGGCAUAGCCAGUGGCACCUCCGGGCUCACAGCUGCUGAUGCCAACAACAAAAUCCCCCCAACAAACAUGCAACACAACCUUAUUUAUAUUUGCUAAUAUACAGGGCCUUAAGCCAUCCACAAACAACAAAAUACCUUUCAUUAGUGGACUUCUAGAGGAGUCAAAUUCACUGUUUGCAGCUUUCACAGAGACCCACGCAAAAGAUUACUUUGACAGUGAAAUAUGGAUACCUGGAUACAACCUUUUCAAAUGCGACAGAAAGAACAGGCAACAAGGGGGGGUUGACCUGUACAUCAAAGAGUCGCUCAUUUGCACAGAGAUACUGAACACCACAAAUGAUGUAGUUGAAGUUCUGACAAUAAAAAUCGAGAACCAAAACUUAGUCAUUGUACUUGUAUAUAAGCCACCGGAUGCAACUUCCCAACAGUUAAAAGAACAACUGUCAAAAAUCGACUCCUGUCUGGACAACUUUCCAGCCCCAUCCCCAAACAUCUUGCUGCUUGGUGACUUCAAUCUAAGACACACAAAAUGGAAGAAUAUAGCAAAUAAUGUCGUAGCAGAAAUAAUCCCUGGAGGUAGCUCAGAUGAAAGGUCACACACGCAGGAGCUGCUGAAUUUCUGCAACAAACACACCCUAAGUCAGCAAAUAGUGGAGCCAACAAGACUGGAGAACACACUGGACCUUAUUUUCACAAAUAAUGAGGACCUGGUAAGGAAUAUAACAAUAUCAAAAACAACAAAUUCUGAUCACAAUCUAAUCGAAGUCCAGACUUGCAUGCACAGGAGUCCUGAUCAGCACAAUGCAUUCAGUUAUGAGGGUACCUUUACCAAAUCCAACUUCAACAACAAGAACAUCAUCUGGGAUCAGGUAAACUAUGCCCUAAAUGAAACAUGCUGGGAGGAUAUCUUAAAUUACAUGAACCCGAACCAAUGCCUCGAAAAGAUCACCCUCCUGGUUGCUGAAGUAUGUUCAAGGUAUAUUCCUAUAAGACAAAAGAAAAGAAGAAGUAAACUGGAGAGAGAGAGAUGCUCCCUCUACAGGAGAAGACGAAGAAUCAUUGAGCUCCUCAAGAAUGCCAGAUUAUCUGAUACACGGAAGGUAGUGCUAACCAGGGAAGUGGAAAAUAUUGAGCUGAAGUUAAAGGACUCAUACAGGAUCCAGGAGAGACAAGAGGAGCUAAAACCGAUUAAUGAAAUUGAAAGAAAUUCGAAAUAUUUCUUUUCAUACGCCAAAAACAAGUCAAAAACCACUUCUAGUAUAGGGCCCCUGCUCAGACAAGAUGGAUCCUACACUGACGACAACAAAGAAAUGAGCGAGAUACUGAAAUUGCAGUAUGACUCAGUGUUCAGUGAGCCACUAACCAGUUUAAAGAUAGAUGAUCCAAUGUAGGCCAGAUUUAUGACAUAACUCUAACUCCACUAGACUUUGAGAAAGCCAUCGACAACAUGCCCAUGCACUCAGCCCCAGGCCCAGACUCGUGGAACUCUGUUCAUUAAAAACUGCAAGAAACCCCUCUCACGGGCCCUAAGUAUGCUAUGUAGGAGGAGCUUAGACACAGGCGAGAUUCCACAGUCACUAAAAACAACAGGUAUAGCCCCACUCCAUAAAGGUGGCAGCAAAGCAGUAGCUAAGAACUAUAGACCAAUAGCUUUAAUGUCCCACAUCAUAAAAAUCUUUGAAAGAGUUCUAAGAAGUAGGAUAGCAAACCACCUGAACUCCCAAAAAUUGCACAACCCAGGGCAACAUGGUUUCAGAGCAGGUCGCUCCUGCCUUUCGCAACUGCUUGACCACUAUGAUAUGGUCCUAGAUGCACUGGAAAACAAACAAAAUGCGGAUGUAGUAUACACAGACUUUGCAAAAGCCUUUGACAAGUGCGACCAUGGUGUAAUAGCACACAAAAUGUGUGCCAAAGGGAUAACCCGCAAAGUAGGCAGAUGGAUCUUCAACUUUCUAACCAAUCGCACACAAAGAGUAGUGGUAAACAGAGUUAAAUCAGAUGCUGCCAUAGUGAAGAGCUCUGUCCCACAAGGCACAGUACUCACACCUAUCCUGUUCCUUAUUCUCAUAUCAGACAUAGACAGAGAUGUAAACCACAGGGCUGUAUCAUCUUUUGCAGACGAUACUAGGAUCUGCAUGAGAGUGUCAUCCAUUGAGGACACUGUUAACCUCCAAGAAGAUAUAAACCAAGUUUUUCAAUGGGCAACGGAGAACAAUAUGAUGUUCAAUGAAGACAAAUUCCAACUACUCCGUUAUGGAAAACUGGAGGAAAUAAUAACUUGAACUGAGUAUACUACAAACUCCAAUCACACAAUAGAGAGGAAAAGUAAUGUGAGAGACCUGGGAGUGGUAAUGUCAGAGGAUCUCACCUUCAAGGAUCACAACAAUGCCACUAUCACAUCUGCUAGGAAACUGAUAGGAUGGAUAAUGAGAACAUUCAAGAUGCUAAGCCAAUGAUGAUCCUUUUUAAAUCACUUAUUCUUUCUAGGCUGGAAUACUGCUGUACAUUAACAUCCCCAUUCAAGGCAGGUGAAAUUGCAGAGCUAGAGAAUGUACAGAGAACCUUUACUGCCUUUACUGGGAGCGCCUGGAAGCACUUGACUUGUACUCACUAGAGCGCAGGCGAGAGAGAUAUCAUAAUCUACACCUGAAAGAUUCUGGAGGGACUGGUCCCUAAUAUGCACACAGAAAUCACUCCAUACGAAAGCAAAAGACUUGGCAGGCGAUGCAACAUACCCCCAGUAAAAAUAGGGGCGUCACUGGUACCUUAAGAGAAAACACAAUAAGUGUCUGGGGCCCAAGACUGUUCAACAGCCUCCCACCAGCAAUAAGGGGCAUUACGGGAAGACCCCUGGUUGUCUUCAAGAGGGAGCUGGACAGAUACCUAAAGACGGUGUCGAAAUCAUCUGGGCUGUGGUUCGUACGUUGGAUUACGUGCGGCCAGCAGUAACAGCCUCGUUGAUCAGGCCCUGAUCCACCGGGAGGCCUGGUCAUGGACCGGGCCGCGGGGACGUUGAUCCCCAGAAUUCCCUCCAGGUAGACUCCAGGUAUAGAGAGUCUGUUUGGAUAGAAUUUUUAGAGUGGCAUGAAAAAUUUAUUUUAGGUGUGAUAUACCGUCCCCAAAACUUAGAUAGGAACCAAGGGAGACUACUAUGGGAGGAAAUUGCUAAGGACACAAGGCAAGAUAACGUAGUAAUUCUAGGGGACCUCAACUUUGGUCAGAUUGAUUGUAAUUUCAUGACUGGGAAUUUAGAAUCUAACGAUUUCUUAGAAGUAGUUUAGGAUUGUUUUUUGAAGCAGUUUGUGACAGAGCCUACAAGGGGAAAUAACCUACUUGAUUUGGUUCUGGCAAACAAGGAAACCCUUGGGUUAGCUCCGACUAACCCAACUGAAGUCUCCUUAUUAUCAACACACUAAAAAACAAGACAGGAGAUUUAAAUACCUUACCACCCUUUAUAUACAAAAAAGCAUCACAAGUGCUAUCACCAAUCAUUGCAACACUUUUUAACAAAUCCAUUGAAUCCUCUACCUUCCCUACAGUUCUCAAAAUAACAAGGGUCACCCCGAUCCAUAAAGGAGGAGACCAAACAGACUUGAAUAACUAUAGGCCAAUAUCCAACUUACACCCUCUCUCUAAAAUCUUCAAAAAAUUAAUUCAUAAGCGAAUCUAUUCCUACCUCAUCUCCCACAACAUACUCAACCCCUGUCAAUUUUGGUUCAGGCCUAAUAAAAAUACUAAUGAUGCUAUUAUACACAUGCUAGAACAUAUAUACACUGCAAUAGAGAAAAAAGAGGUCCCACUGGGGAUCUUCAUUGACUCACGUAAAGCUUUUGAUGCAGUUGACCAUGACUUGCUCCACAUAAAAUUGUCGCACUAUGGUAUAAGAGGGCACUCCCUCAACUACCUAAAGUCAUACCUCAGCAAGAGAAGCCAAUAUGUGUACACAAAUGGGGCAAACUCUUCCGCACAGCCAAUUACAGUUGGUGUUCCAUGGGGAAGUGUCCUAGGCCCUCUUCUUUUUCUCAUAUACAUAAAUGACCUACCAGAUGCAUCGCAACUACUCAAACCUACACUAUUUGCAGAUGACACUACAUACGUCUUCUCUCACCCGAGCCCAGUCACGCUAGCCAAUACUGUAAUUACCGAAUUACAGAAAAUAUCUACCUGGAUGAGGACUAACAAACUCACUCUAAACAUUGACAAAACCUACUUCAUUCAGUUUGGUAACAGAGCUACAGAUGUCCCUCUUAACAUAAUGAUAAACGAAUUACCUAUCACAAAACUCACAGAGGGAAAAUUCUUAGGAAUCCACCUUGAUAAUAGACUCAAAUUUCAAACACAUAUACAACAAAUUUCCAAAAAAAAUUCCAAGACCGUAGGUAUACUAUCGAAGAUACAGUACUAUGUUCCACAGUCAGCCCUCCUGGCCCUAUAUCACUCGCUUAUUUACCCCUAUCUCGCCUAUGGAAUUGUGAAUGGGGCUCAACAACAAUAAACUAUCUCAGACCACUAAUUACCCAACAAAAGGCUGCAGUCAGAAUGAUGAUAAAUUCCCACUACAGGCAGCA